AUGUCCUCUCCUCCCACCAUAUCUCUUGCCCUCAACGCCGCCCUCGAGCAGCAUAUCGGUCCAUUCAAAGCCACGCCCGUCCAAGGUGGAUCAAGUGCGAACAACUCCCUGGCAUUUCUCAUCACUCCUUCUGCCUCUCUCCUCCAUCCAACAAAUCCAUUCCGCGACUUCGUACAACCAGGACAACCACAUCAACAAUACAUUCUCAAAAUACCUCAGAAUGCCUUCUCCGCCGUCGCAGUCCAGAGGGAAUCUGUCAACUUGCCAAAGCUGCACGCCUAUCUCUCUCAUCUCCAGCCAUCCCCGCACCUACUACACAUCCCUGUACCCGUGCCCAUCGCCCAACUCCCGCUCAACGCCCUCCUAACCCAUGCGAUUCCCUCAACGUCAGACGGCAGCCGGGCAUGGGUGACCAGCACUUCCGUCGCAGAGCGUCUCUCUCUCUGCCGCGCCUUCGGUCGAGCAGCGCGCUUUGUCCACGGAUUCGCAUUUUCCUCAGCUUGGGCCGACCUUCCAGGACCGCUGCGCACGAUCCUCCCCACCCCAAUAGCGGAGGACGUGCACUCUCUCUCGACGCUAGAAGACCACGCACACCCGCAAACAGCGCGCGACUGGCUCCGCCUUUACCUGCGCGCAGAGUCUGCCCGCCUCGCCCCGCGCUUCAGCGCACUAGUGCCUGAGCCCGAACCGCCCAUCACGAGCGGGAAGGAGGAGCUCCUUGAAGGUCCCGACCUACGCAGGAAGAUGAGAGAACAGGAUCGAGCUGUAGCGUGUAUCUCUACCAUGGAGCGGGCGGUUGCGGACCCCUCUCUAUGGGUAGGGGAGAGGGUUAAGACAUGCUUCGUCCAUGGGGACUUUACGCUGCCCAACCUGCUUGUCCGGCGGGAAGUGGCCGGAUACCCUGAGGCUCCUGUUCCUGGCUCAGGAGGCGCAGGGGCGGGGGAAGGCAGUGUCCGCUGGACAGAAGUCGGCAUCGUUGAUUGGGGAGACUGCGGUGUCGCUGACCGGCGGUAUGACCUGCGCAUGGGCGUCUGGAGUGUGCUGUAUAAUAUGGCCCUCGGAGGGGAAGAAGGCGAGGAACGACAGGAAGCGUACGUCCGCGCUUUCCUGGAGGCGUAUGUAGGAGCUACGCACCAUGAUUCGGGGAAGAACGUGCACUGGGUGCUGGAGGAUUGGGAGAAGUGGCUCGCACUCCGCCAUGCUGGAGGUCAGGUGAAAGAGGGGUGCUGGGAAGCUUGGGCGGCGGCGUACGAUGUUUGGGGCCUGAUGGAAGAGGAUGGGGAGGUGUUUGGCCCGCCAGGAUUGGCGGUGGAAUAG